AUGCGUGGAGAUCAACUUCGUGUUUCUAUUCGUUCAACUACACACGUUCCAGAAUCCCCUGUCAGCUCUCCCCAAUUCACUACUCCAAGAUCACCUAGCCCUGAGAUCCCAUCAUCUGAGUCAUCACCGUUCGUUGACCGAACUCCGGUUUCACCUGACCUUGAACCCCAACAAUUCUUCAACGCCCUGCUACCGCUGCCGUCUAGCCCAGCAUCUGUUGUCGAACAUUCCCUGAGCAGAAAUCUUUCCCAACUCAAUCUCAAUUCAAACACCCCAAACACCGAAGUCAACAUGGGUGUUAGCGGGAGUGAUCUCACCUUCUCGGGAAAGCCUGGUGAUUGCAAACCAAGCACGUACACCAGUUUUAUCGAGAGGCGAGUCAGACGUGACAACCCCGAUCUGGAGAGAGAUGAUGAUCCAGAAGGUAUCGAAUUGAGAGAUGAGUUUCGAAAGGCCGCCUUUCAGCAAGGUCUUGCGGGACCAGCGCUCUAUUGGUUUGAGGAAGAGAGGCUAGCGUGCAAAACCUACGCGGAGUUCAAACCCUUGUUCGAGGAACAGUACAAGAAUCUCACAGAACGCCACGACAGUUCUCUGAUCACGGAGGCUCACCAACUGGGACGCAAGACAAAUGAGACUCUCCAGGACUUUCUUCAGAGAGUACAAAGUUUGUACCAUCGCAUCCCGGUGGUCUAUCGUUCAGUGGUCCUUACCAAUGCUAUACUCCGAAUGACGGACGGGCGCAAGGACACGCGCCUCCAAGAACGAAUUCAAGAUCGUCUGUACGCCACGGACCAAUGGAUCGACGGCUUUACUACUGAGAAGCUCACCUUUGACAAACUUCACCGUCUGAUCUGGGAUUGCCGAAGCAGCGCUGAUGGCGAACUGAAACCGCCAGGCACUGAAGAGCUUUCGCCCACUAUGCAGAGUGCAGAAUUCACCCAACAUGACAAAACGGAGGAUCUUCUCGCCCGACUCGCUGAGGUUCAGUUGAAGCUCGCCGAGAACUUGACUGAGAGAAACUCAUCCAACGGGAGAACAGGUGGCACUCGCUGGCCACAGAAUCCCCCUCAGAAUAACCCAAACUCGCAAAUGAACAACAAUGACCUCCAAGUUCGCAACAAGACAUACCAAGGCAACACGAGCGGCCCUGGUGAUUCUGGUGAUAAGCGUUAUUGGUGGUGUUUCAAUUGCGCAGAAUGGGGACACAAGAGUUCAAGCUGUCCAAUACCUCAGAACGCAGAACGCCGAACUCACAACUCCAAUCUUUUCUACGACAACCGGGUGCAGAUGAUGGCAGACCGAGCACGAACACUUCGUGCAGAGCCUACCGCCGCCAUCAAGUCUGUCCUGAGCUUCAAGACACCGAGACCCCCGACAGGUUUCAUGUUGACACCGACAGUUCAGCAUGAUCACGAAGCUUCACAGGUGAUGCAGCAAGGAGAGCGAACUCCGAUGAGACCUUUCCAGUGGGAUGCCAACUAUGCUGAACCCUGGCGUCCUGAGAGGAAGCUUUCUGAACCUUGGCGUCCUGAGAACAACGGCUUGCAACCUGAGCGCUCUCUCGCUGAGCCGUGGCGUCCUUUGGAAGCUAAAGCAGCGACGCGCUCGACAUCUCAAUCUCAGGCACAGAACCCUCCUGAUGUGAGAAUCAAGAAGAAUACACGUGGCAACAAGGAAAAGGUUGUGAACAAUGAGAAGCUUAUGACUUUGGCGGAAGCUGUCAUCAGCCACCCGGAAUGGAUUCAGCGUUCUCCGUCUCAGAACAAACCUCAACCUAUUCCUGGUCCUCGCGUGGUCGAACUGGGAGACUAUGUUGAAACACCCAUGAUGAACGAUGACAAAAUGGACACCGACCCACCUGAGGAAAUUUCGGAAGCAGAGUUCACCAGACUUUGGGACAAGCUGAAGCCACACGUUGAGAAACAUAUGGCAAAGAAUCAACAGAAUGAGUCUGGCAAAACAGAUUCAGACACCGCCAAGAAGCCACGCUAUCUUCUUGACAAGAUCCGAGCGACCGAACAGUACGAGAUCCCAAACUUUGAGAUUGGCCGCCAUCUCAAGGAUACGCCGAUUACCAUGAGCGUGUUGGAGUUACUCCAGAUUGCACCAUCUAUUCGACAACAGCUGUCACGACUCAUGCAGUGUCGUCGAAAGCUGAAGGGCACACGACAUGAGGAGAAACUGGUGAACGUUCUGGCACCAUUCAAACAGAUCCUGGAAACAGAGAUGAACGAGGAUCCGAAAGAACUCCCGGUGUCUACGGAAGUACCUACUUGCAACUUGGUACGAGAUGCGGAUUCAGGACGCCUGGCUGUCUACUCGGAUAGCGGAUUACCUGAGGAGGCGGUGGCCACCACCUUAGGUUACAUCACCGGACACCUGGGAGGUCAUCGAACUGAUGUGAUCUUGUUGGAUGGCGGAUCGGGAGUGAACUUGGUCAACAGCCGUUUCCUUGAGGACAACGGAAUACGACCACUCAAUCUGUCGGAGAAAGAACCGAUUCGUUUGGCAAACGACGAGGUUGUUUACAUCACACAGUUUGCUAUCCUGGAGCUGCGAGUGGGAAAUGUUCUGACGGUGAUCACGGUCUACCUCAUCGAUGGAAACAGCGACUGGGAUUUGCUUGUUGGCCGUCCCUGGCUGCGCCGUGUUCAAGCAGUUGAAUACUACGCUGAUGAGAAACUUGUUGUGAAGGGAAUCAAUGACAAACGUUCUGUGUUGGAUAUCACACCUUGCCCACGCCGAUACCAACCAACACAGGGAAUUGAGACUGGCCGUCCAGUGUAUCGACAAGAUUGGUCGGAAGAGCUGGAAGAGAAGAAUGUUGUCCGCGUCGAGGACGAUGAACAGAUUUUGUGUGAGGUUGAGGGUAUCCUCGCUGAACUCCACGGUGCAAUCCGAGGAACUCAGGAGCGAGAUGAUAACCAGGGAAACUGA